AUGCCGGCGAAACGUCUGGAGCGCAUAAUGACCCGCGACUAUGACGGUGAGCGGUUCACCGAAUCCCAAUUUCUGGUGUUUGCAAAUCGAGCCGUUUCUUUGGUUAUCGUAAUAAUUGUUAUUUGCAUCAACUCUAACUUCUUCAGCCGACUCUUUGGUACUCCGAAUCAUCCUUGGGUCGAGUCCAGAGCACCUUUAAUCGACUAUGCCUUCUCCUCGCUUAGUAAUAUCAACAGCAGCUGGUGCCAGUAUGAGGCACUGAAAUUCGUCUCCUUUCCAACACAGACAUAA